UUAAAUCUAACGAUGAAAUAAGUCAUGUGGCGCCAUGGAAGCCUCGUCGGAGUCUUUGAAUCAGCGUGUCAGCCGCUGCCUUCUUUGGGAGAAGGUGAAAGAAGGUCAUGUGCAUUUGAUAACAGCCGAAGAUAUCGAGGAGCUGUUCCACGCCUUCGAAGUUUAUGACCCGGAUUUGAUCCCAACGUCAGAACUUGUAAGACUGUGUGGCGUAGAUGGAACUCAUCUAUCUGCCGAAGAGAUCGCCGACUGGAUCAAGGAUUCAGAUAAAAAUGGGACCGGUGAAGCCAGCAUCGAGGAUGUGCACCGAGGAAUCACUGAAGGUUCAGCGGCAUUUGCUCUGGUCAAAAGAGCUCUGUUUGGCGAAGAAAAGGAGCACAAAAUUACAGAGUGCAGCAUUCAUGAUCUCCUCCACUGGAUGCACUAUGAAUAUGACAAGAAAAGCAAGUUAUGGUCUUUGCCAGAGACUCUCUUCCUUUUUGCGGCUUUUGUUAUAUCCGUGGUAUUACAUCUCAAUGUCUGGGAGGCCUUCAAAAGUUCACGCGUCUACACGGUAGCCUUGACCUACGGUGACUUUGCGUUGGAGUGGGCGGUUGACCGGGACUCUUUGUGGGUGUGGCUUGACGAAGGGUGGUUGCGCAAUGUCCUUCGACAUGACAUGAUAUCUUUCGCAAGGGACCCUGAUCCAGACAAGGAUCCUCUCUACACCAACCCGUUUCCAGGACGCGUCCUGAAGGAACACCAGAUUGUGGGCGCUGUUCGUUUCCGGCGUUGGUAUGCAGUUGGCGCUGAAUGCAUGGCUUCCAAAAUGUGGAAGGAUCUCUAUCCUGCAUGUAAUAUGCACGGUGAAUUCAAACCUGAUGACUGGUAUGUGUUCUAUCAUGAGAAGAGGGAGGUGAUUGAGCAACAGAUGGAAGAAAGGGCUCGGAAUUUCUGGCUGGAUGAUCAUACUGCUUUCCUCGAUAUUCAGACCCUGUCGUACAACGCACAUCAAGCCAUGUUUACAUUGGGGACUUUGCGGGUUGAGUUCCGAGAUGCUGGCUACAUGAUCCACAGAGAAGGUAUGAAAGAGAGCUUCGUUGACUCACCAUAUUACAACCUAUGGUUUGCUUUGCCAGACUUGCUCUUCGUAGUUUUGUUGUGGAAUGUGUUGUAUGCUGAAAUGAAGGAGGCCAUUCCAGCUGCCAUGAACGGUCUUGAUGGCAUCAAGGACUACUUGAAACUGUGGAACGUCAUCGACUGGAUCACUAUUGCCUUUGGAUUUACCACUGUGUCUUUCUGGAUGGUUUUCGUACUGAAGGUCAGUGGGGAAUUGCCUGAAGUGCUCGCUGACCUUCCAUCGGUUGCUUUGGAUCUAGCCGUUUUUACCAACAGGUCAUACCUCACUGCAGAGGAGUUUGAUGGUGUGGUUGAUCGUCUUGGCUUCGAGACUCAGAUGAGUGAGAUUUUCCGCUGUGCAGAGGAGGUGGCAGAAUCUCACGUCCUGGCAAGACGCUUCAUUUUUGCUUAUCUCUUCAUGCUGAUGAUCAAGUUCUUCAAAGCCUUUGGAUCCAAUGACCGGCUGGAUGUGGUGAUUCAAACCAUCACAGGCUCAGCUGUUGACGUCGCGCACUUUGCAAUUGCCUUCGCUUUAGUAUUCAUUUGCUUUGCUGGUGCUGGGAUUCUUCUGCUUGGCACUACAGUGGAAGGUUACCACACAAUCGCUUCUGCUUUGUAUUUUCGCUGGGCAGAGACCGUGAGCAUGACGGACAUCGAGGGCUUUGAGCCGUGGCUCCAGGUUUUGGCUUAUUUUUGGUUCUUCUCCUACCUGAGUUUGAUGAGCAUCCUGAUGAUCAACAUCCUCGUGGGUCUGAUUUUCGAAGCAUAUGGCCGGAUACGAAGUGCUGCAGGCGAACCAGAGACGUUGCUUGAACAGGUUGGUGAAGCUGUGGAGAACCUGAAGGAGACGGCAAACUUCCUGGACAUGUGGUAUUUGAUUUGUGAGCUUGAAGAUGAUGACUUUCCGGCACAUCCUGCAGAAUUAGUCACAAUUCGGAGUCUAAAAAAGGCGUUUUCCAAAGACAGGAUGACAAAGCAAAACGCCGAAUACCUGAUUGAGAGCGCUUCACGUUUUGCGAAGAAGGAGGCAAAAAGGCUUGAGCUCUCCGUCAGUGAUGGUGUGCGCAUGAUUGGGCAGACAAGGACAAAUGUCAACAAGCUCUUGGUCUUAUCUGAGCAGGUCAAUGCAAUGCUGAAGAAAUUCCACCUGAAGCAUGCGAACGAAACUUCUGAAGACUGGCUCAGCAUGUACGGAGCUGCGCAACAAGAAAUUCAACAGGAAGCUGUGACAAAGAGUGUGGAGGAAGACGACCCACUUGCAGCAACUGUGAGGCAGAAACACAAGCAAGAGGUCACGCAGAAAAAGGUUUCUCGUGAAGAGCUAAUGCUGCAUCGCAUGCGCAGCCGCUUUUCUGACAUGGUUACUAUGACUCAGGAGCAAAGCAAAUUGCUGGAUUGGAUUUCUCGAACGAUCAACGAACGACAAGAGUCAAUCAUGGACAAGGACAAUUGGGGACGACAGAAGGCAGUGGUGCUUACGGACAGAUGCGAGAAAAUAGAGAUCAGCAUCGGCAAGUUGAGUGAAUGCCUCAAGGGCGUAGAUCCGUCUCAGUUGCGCCACAUGCCGGACAAAUUGAAGGAGCUUGCGAGGAAGGUGCACGCCUGGCAGGUCGAGGAUAGCCGCCCUUCCUCGCGCCAAGAUCACAUGAAGAUGCUGCAAAAUCAAAUGGACUCGAUCUCACUGGAUGUCGCACAGAUCUCCGCCCAUGCAAAGGCCAAAGCAGAUAUUGCGCAGGCUUUGCAGCAUGUUAAGCAAUUGAUCGAGCGGCAUAUUGCUGGAGAUGUCAAGCUAGUGAGCCGACAGAUCAGCCGAGCACCCGACAGUGAGGGAAGCAGCGAGUCUCCAGUCUUCACGCAAAGCUGGACAGGCUUCACGAGCUUUGGAGAUGGCGAGCAAAGCUGAGCCAAAGCUGAGCUGAGAAGUUGAUAGAAGCUGAUAGAAGCUGAUAGAAGUUGAUAGAAGUUGAUAGA